AUGUCCACUCGCUCAAUACGAAAGCCCCGGCGACAAGCUCCAGAGAAUGCGAUGCCCGAUGCUGCGACGCAACAUGCCGCUGCAGCCGCCGCUGCAUCUCGGGCAAUGCGCUGCAUUCAAAGCUCAUCUCGUGAGUCGCGAAGCUCAUACGAUCGACUCGGUGGCCCAGGAAGCUUUGCUGUUCCCCGAAGACGUCCUGGAGCAAGCCUUCAAAGCACUCGAGACAGUAUCUCGGUCUGUCACAGCGACUUUUCAGAAGCUUCUAUGCCUCGUCAAUCCAAAAAAACAACCAGUGAAUCGACUCAAACUCAUUUCCUCAAUGAUCCUGCUGCGCUUCCGCCAAUCACAGAACUCAGGGGCCUUGAUGGACGAGACAGCUCAGUGCCUUCUUCAUAUCGCCGACUGCGCAAGGCCAAGUCAAUGUUCACUACCAGACAACGAACUGCACAGACCCCAUAUGGUGUUCCUACCCUUCCUUGCGGUGAUCCUCUUGAUCCUGAACGCAGUCCGGGAUUCCAAAUGCCACGAACUAUGAGACGGUCAAUGUCGUUUCUUCGCGGGGGCUAUCAACCAACACAAGCCGGUCCAAACGCUCAAAAUCAUGAUGCAGCCAUACAGCUAGCUCGCAGCCAGUUUGCUCAAGAUCCUGACGGAACAGGUAUUCGAACUCGCCGGUCGUCUUUCUUGCUCGGACGCAAGAAGGAUCACAGACCAUUUCAUAAGACAUUCCGUGCCACUAGUGAAGGUGCCGCUGAUGCCUCUUUUCUUGCUGGGGAUCACCCUGGGUCAUCUCGUAAAUCUCGAUCUUUUUCAAAUUCCAUCAAAAACAGAUUCAGGCGAGUAUUUGGUUUCUCGAAGAUUGCAGUCCAACAACCUCCACUGCCUAGUGUUUCAAACUUUCCUCGGAAGGUUAUUUCAACUCCAAACAAGAACAGCAUGGAAGAAUAUCUCCCUCAUGAAGAUAUGCCCACUGAAGAUGGCGUCGCCUCCGACUAUUUCCGAGCAAUUUCGGAGUCUCCCAGCCGUAAUAGUCUCUGUUCGUCCAAGUCGCGUGUCACCAGUUGGGCAGAUUCAAGUAUGGCAAACACAGUGACGACCCGGAAGCUAGGACAUCGUCAGUCACUUUCUUUGAUCAGAGAAGAUGGAGAUCUAGACCAACAUAUGCCACGAACCCCUGUGAUGAGUGAGACUGAAACUCAAGGUCCUUCGAGUCUGAAACCAAGCCCUUGUCGGAUGGGAAUUGUCGAUAGUCAGGAUUUGUAUACUGCAUUGAUGAGGCAAAUAGGCCAAACUUCUCUGCCUGAUUCCCGCGAGGAUUUCGUCUUCGGUACUGUUCCAGAGCAUCGUGUGAUUCCAGAACGAAUGAACUCAGUUCACUCUCAAUGUGGCAGACGCACUAUUCGCCGUGUUCCAAGCGAGCAAUCUUCAGUCUCGCACGGUUCGUUCACAACAGCGCGUGGCGGUGAUCAGUCAAGCCCACAGAGAUAUCACUCGCGUUCAGUCAGAUCCAUGCAGGUUUCUCGAGGUCCACCGACCCAACCAGCGAACCAGCAACCGGCUGUUAUUUCGGACAAAAUGUCGCCACGCUCACUGUAUGCCAUGGGCGAUGGUUCAGACGAUGAUAGCGGCAGUGUCGUUAUUGCUCAUCUUCGGGACCCCAAUAGAGAUGUUGUUUCUCCGAGUAUCUAUUCCCGGACCACCAGUGGCAAUAGCCCCACGAGAGUUAGUAAGCCCGACAUAGACCUCCGAGAUGAGCCAGGAACUGCAAUUAUCUUCACUCCACAGCGAGGAAUAUAUACCUCACCCAAACGUGCUGCUCUGGUUCCAUCUUCCAUGGCUCGUCCAAAUCCCAGCGCGGACUGGCAGGAAUGGAUGAGCUCACAGAUUGAAAGGAUUGAGCAGGCGAGUCCCACGAGGGAACACAUACGAGAAGACGCACAAUUCCAAGAUGAUGAUGAGUACCUGACCAAUAUAGCCCGACAAGCUCCUAUCACUGUGUGCGCUCCAGCUACAGCAAAUCUACUAAAUGCUUCAGAGAAAGAAGAGGAUACCAAGCGCAGGGCCUCGGAGGAGAAUAGGGUUCCAUCGCAAAACAAUUUCUCUCGUCCUUUCAAUCAAACUUCCAACAUGCAGGUGAUUAUGCGACCACAUAGGACUGAGCCAAUGAAUGCAGCACAAAAGUAUUCUAACUCAUCGAUUAUGGAACCCGCUACUGACUCCGGUGAAAACGCUUCACCCAAGUCCAUUAUCAUUGCUCACACUCGAAAGUUGUCACCAAUUCGACUGAGAUCUGGAAACAUGCAGCCACCAGAGUCUCCCACCCCCAAAAGAGUGGGAACAAAGAGUUCAUGGACCCAAGAACAGCAACGGCGCUAUUCAGCCCGGCGUGCUCCAAUCGCCCAGGAUGGCAGGGCCAAUCAGUUCCGGUCUAUGCGUAGCCAGCGAGACAAUUGUGCGAACAACGAAAACGCGAAGCAGCAAGAUGAUUUUAAUGGCAUGAUGGAGAACUAUCACCAAGUUCAAGACAUCCAUUCCACCAUCUCUAGCAAGCGCAUGGUGGAUCUGUUCUUGGACAGCCGCCGACGACGGAGAGGAGCAUCCACCGACAACAGUGCACCCACCGAGGCUUUUAUUUGA